AUGACCAUUCGUGAGCUCAGCACAGCGGCCAACGAUCUCAGCCAGAGUGUCCAGGUGAAAUCGCAAGAGCUGACUGCUCUCCGAAGUGAUAUGGCAAAGUUAAAUGAAAAGUAUAUCGGACAGGUGGAUAAGGUUAUUGAACUUCAGCUGGCCAAAGACGCUGUGGAGAGUGAACUUGAGGAAUUGUCCCGCAAGUUAUUUGAGGAAGCCAAUGGUAUGGUGGCUAACGAAAAGAGAGAGAAGCACAAGAUCGAGGUGGCCUAUGAACACCUCAGAAAACAACUUACCGAGACACAAGAGCGCCUGUCAACUGAAGAACUCCAAUUGAAUGAACUGAGGACAAUGAUG